AUGGGGAAAAGGCGGCAGCCUUCGUCUUCUGUUGCUGAUCAAAAAGGUCUGGAAGCAGAUUCUGCAGGCUCUGACUCAGAUGAUACUUUGUCGUCUGAUGAUCCCAGCCAAACUUCUGAACCUAAAGGCCAUGUAGAAUCAGAGGAUGCCUUGGCCCAGGUUCAACAAGGCAUCGGCGUCAGUGAUGGCAGGUGCAUGGAGGAAAAGCAAUCAAUGACUGCGACAACCAGGCAACAAACAGACAUAGACCAGGCUGGGCAAGAGGGAAGUGCAGAUGCAGACAGCAAAGCAGACGAUGUUUCCAGGGAACUCCACUGCAAAAUUCGCCAGUUGGCUGCAGCUGAAUCUUGGCCAAAUGGGCCAGACACCCUGCAUGGGUUGUUUUUGUGGCCAGAGUGGAAUUCAGCCCGACUUCUUGAUGUAUCUUCGAUGAACCUCAUGAAGGAACGCGUGGAGAGGCUCCUGUACCUUUUAUCCUUAGAUAUCGAAAUACACGAAUGCUAUGCUGGAACCGGCAAUGGCGCCGUGACCCUUCACCGCCAACUUGACGCACUGCGGAUGGAGUGCCGGAAGCAUGCAGUCUCAUGUGGGCUGUCCAUACCGACUUUUGGCAAAGUGGUGACAGCCACAAGCUGCGAUAUUGAUCCAAUUGCCAGAAGCGUUUUGAAGAGCUUGCCAGAGGCCAGAGCAAGGGUCAAGCUGUCAAGGCGUCAAGCCAGUCAACAUGUCCAAAUGUGGUGGGGUUGA